ACCCGCUACCGAUGUAUUUGACACGAACAAAGCUUUCAUCAUUCACAUUGAUCUGCCUGGCGUACCAAAAGAAGACAUCUCAAUUGAACUACGCAAAUUAGAAUUAACUGCUCAUGGAGAAUCUAAACGCAAGCUUACUUAUGAAGCUGCAACAUCUCGUGUACGUGAACGCAAAAUCGGAAAAUUCCGUAAAGUUGUCUUUCUGCCACGUGACUGCGAUUUAAACCGUGAAAAUAUUGAAGCAAAUUUUCAGAAUG